GUUUGUCGCCUUACUGACACCCAUCCCUCACCCACCACACAAUGGCUUUCACCGGUUCAGACAUCUGCAAGAUCAUCUUCGCCGUACUCCUCCCUCCAAUAGGAGUGUUCUUGGAGCGUGGAUGCGGCGCUGACCUCGUGAUCAACAUCCUUCUUACCAUCCUAGGUUACAUCCCUGGAAUUAUCCACGCGCUAUACAUCAUUCUCAAAUAUUAGCGGGACGUUCCAAUCAGAGGAACACUGCAGUUGAUGGAUUCUUAUUCUUUAUGCUUUCACGACUUUGAACCUCUAUGUAUGACUCUUGUGCUUUACUAGUUUUCGGCGUUCUCAGCCCUCAGACUUUGCCGCAGUUGUAAUACCCAUUUCCACGGGCUUUGCUCGCUGCUUUUUGAAAUUCGAUGUCAGAUCG